AUGUCCGCCUUAUUAGGAACGGGCUACGAGUCUAGCGAGGAUGAGACUCCCAACACGAAGCCGACAUCGGCCAUGCCUCUGGCUGUAAAUGCGGCGCCAGAUGUAUCGACAGAGGUUUGGUCUUCGCUCUCGGAACAACGUGCUGGUCCAUCUAACAACAUACAGGAUGCGUCUGAGAUGCAGAUUAUGCUGGCAAACCCCACCAGUAACGCUCUCACCUAUAACGCGACAUACGAGAACCUCUCUCGUCCUUCUCAAGGCCCCGCCAACCCGUUCAAAUCGUCGACUGGAAACGUCCUGAAGCGCAAGAAUGUCCUUACGGGAAACGCAGAGGAGAUGAGCAUGUCGGAAGCGACAUUCAAAACUCAGCACCGAACAUUCCAGAGUCUAGGUUACACGAAAGACCCCAGCCUGAACGGCGCCUAUGUCGGGAACCAGUCCGCUGUCGCAAAGUAUGGUGGAAAGGAUGUGGUCCAGCUACGUCACUCGAAAGAGGAAAGUGCGGCUAUAAGAACCAAGAGACAGAAGAAAGGCGACAGCAGUAUUGUCGAUGGUGACGGCGCAUACCUGGGUCCUUGGGCGAAAUAUCAAAGCGACGAUGUUGCGUAUGAACAGGCCGAAGCCAUGGCCGACCAAGAACUGGCAUCGGACGAAGAAUGGGUGGAGGAAGGUGUCGCAUCAGCACCUCUACCAGCACCACCAAAGGAAGCCACCGCAUAUUCAGAGGACUCGAGUGUCGCAGAAACCACCGAGUUUCAUGGUGCCUCCGAGUUGGACUACCAAGGCCGCACAUAUAUGCACGUCCCUCAAGAUCUGGACAUCGACCUGCGCAAAGAGCCUGGCUCGACACAGAACUACCACCCCAAGAAACUCAUUCACGUCUACAAAUACCACACGAAACCCAUCACCACACUACGCUUCAUACCCAAAUCCUCACAUCUCUUGCUAUCAUCCUCCGCCGACGCCAAAAUCGCGCUGUGGGACGCCCACCACGAUCGCACCCUUCUCCGCACAUUCUCAGGACACAACAAGUCCAUCACCGAUACCGAUUUCCACCCGACAGGCCGGACAUUUCUUUCGGCGUCUUACGACCGCCAGAUGAAGUUAUGGGACACUGAGACAGGGAAAUGCAUAUCACGAUUCACCACAGGCAAGACACCACAUACAUUACGUUUCCACCCUGAUGGCAACGAAUUCAUCGCAGGCAUGAACGACAAGAAGAUUGUACAAUUCGACACCCGGUCCGGUGAACUUGUACAGGAAUACGACCACCAUCUCGGCCCCAUCAAUACCUUGACCUUUGUGGAUGAAGGGCGCAGAUUCAUCUCGACGUCUGACGAUAAAAGUUUGAGGGCGUGGGAGUACGGUAUCCCAGUACCGAUCAAAUUCAUCGCCGAUCCGUCCAUGUAUGCCCUCGUCCGGUCCUGUCCGCAUCCUUCGGGGAAGUACGUCGCUUUCCAGAGCGCGGACAAUCAGAUCGUGGUUUAUGCUGCGGGCGAUAAGUUCCGGCAGAACCGCAAGAAGGGGUUCAGGGGCAUGAAUACCAGUGGGUAUGCGAUUGAUGUGGCGAUCAGUCCCGAUGGUGGGAUUGUGGCGUCAGGCGAUUCAGGCGGGUAUGUCUGUUUCUGGGACUGGAAGACGGGGAAGAUGUGGCAUAAGGUACAGGCUGGUGGGGAUGGGUCUGGGGCUGUUACUUGCGUGGCGUGGCACCAGCAGGAAAGUAGUAAGGUUGCUACUGGUGGAUUGGAUGGGGUUAUCAGGUAUUGGGAUUGA